CCGGCAACUCGGCGGCGCGCAGCAGGAGCGGGCGGCUGCGGCCGCCUCCAGCCCGCGCUCGGCGGCGGCACCGCGCAGGUGCCGGUGAGGCUGUGGCCGUGCUCGCUGCUCCCUUCUCCACGGUUGCUGCCUGCCCCCAGCAGGUCUCCAGCACCACACAGCCAUGACGACCUCGGCGCUGCGUCGGCAGGUGAAGAACAUUGUGCACAACUACUCAGAGGCGGAGAUCAAGGUGCGGGAAGCCACCUCCAAUGAUCCCUGGGGACCUCCCAGCUCUCUCAUGUCAGAGAUCGCCGACCUCACCUUCAACACGGUGGCUUUUGCCGAGGUCAUGGGCAUGAUCUGGCGGCGGCUGAACGACAGCGGCAAGAACUGGCGUCACGUCUACAAAGCCCUCACCCUCCUGGACUACCUCAUCAAAACCGGCUCCGAGAAGGUGACCCACCAGUGCCGGGAGAACCUCUACACCAUCCAGACGCUGAAGGACUUCCAGUACGUGGACCGUGACGGCAAGGACCAGGGCAUCAACAUCCGGGAGAAGGUGAAGCAGGUGAUGGCGCUGCUGAAGGACGAGGAGCGGCUGAAGCAGGAGCGGGCGCACGCGCUGCAGACCAAGGAGCGCAUGGCCCUGGAGGGCAUGGGCAGCGGCAGCCACCAGGUCACCUACGGCCGCCGAGCAUCGCCCUACGGGGAGGAUUACAGCCGGGCACGGGGCUCACCCUCCUCCUUCAACUCAUCAUCCUCCUCCCCACGGUUCACCUCUGACCUGGAGCAAGCGCGGCCCCAGACGACAGGAGAGGAGGAGCUGCAGCUGCAGCUGGCACUGGCCAUGAGUCGGGAGGAGGCAGAGAAGGAAGUGAGGACUUGGCAAGGGGAGAACUCCCUGCAGCAGAGACCCGUGGAGGAGACUGCCCCGGGCAGGGACGAAGAGCAAGAAGAAGAAAAGAUGAAGAAAAGCCAGUCCUCUAUUCUGGAGCUGGCAGAUAUAUUCGGGCCGGCGCCAGCCCCCUCCAGCCACACGUCUGCUGACCCAUGGGAUAUGCCAGAUAUGAAACCCAAAGUGGAGCCGGUGGCCUCUGCCUGGACCGGUGCAGCGGAUCCCUGGGUGCCAGUCCCGGACCCUGGUGGGGAGCCCCUCUCCCAGGCGAGCUCCUCAUCCCAGCAAACCUCUGCUGGGCCCUGGGACUUUCCCCCCAGCACCGCUGCAGCCUCUGACCCCUGGGGGAAGGCGCCCAUGUCUUCUGGCUUCCCUCCUGCAGACCCCUGGGGAACAGCAGCCCCCCCAACCCCCCAGGGCUCCGGUUCUACACCAGCUCCUGACCCUUGGGCUGCUGUGCCUGAGCAGCCUCCAGCCCCUGCUCCAGGGGGGAACGCUUUUGACCCAUUUGCAAAGCCGCCCGAGCCGCCGGAGCAGGAGCCCUCCCAGCCGCCCUCCUCGGCCAAGUCCAGCAGCCCUGUGGAGCCCGACCCCUUUGGAGACCUGUUCCCCAGCACCAGGCAGGAUGGGGCAAAGAGCUUUGACCUUGCCAACCUGGCUGAUUCCCUGCCUGAAUCCGGCAAGGAGCGGAAGGACUGUAAAACCCCCGAGGCUUUCCUUGGCCCUGCCGCCUCCUCCCUGGUCAACCUGGACUCCCUGGUCGCACCUACUCCGGCCUCCAAGACCCGCAACCCCUUUCUCUCGGGUCUGAGCACGCCGUCCCCCACCAACCCCUUCAGCCUGUCCGAGCAGCCCAAGCCGACGCUGAACCAGAUGCGGACCAGCUCUCCGGUGCCCGGCCUGCCCGCCGGCCACCCCGCCAACUCCAUGACCUACAGCGCAUCCCUGCCGCUGCCGCUCAGCAGCGUCCCCGCUGCCACCGCUGCCCUCCCCGCCUCCGCCAGUGCCUUUCCGCAGGCUGGCACCUUCCCCGAACUCCCCGGCGCCUUGCCGCAGCCUUUACUGCCGCUGAGCGGCCCCCCGGCCCCGCCGUCCGCGCCCGGGGGGCUCAACCCCUUCCUCUGAGCCCUGUGGACAUUGUGGACUUUCACCCCCUCCCCAGCUGUUUCGAUCCCGCCCGAUCUUCCCUUCCACCGAGACUUGGGGG